ACUUUUACAUUAGCCACGCCCCCUGUUAGCAACUUGUGGCUAGCUCGCUACCAAGGAAGGCACUACUGCUGUUCCGAGGUUCAUUCUACAGACACCACCCCGAGUCUGAAGACUGUCCGCCCCCACAUAUUUCGGUGAGUACACGUUCCUCCAACAACCGCGCUGGCUUUAAUUAACAAAUAUCGAAUUGUACUUUUGAUUAGUUGUGUCUUUUUACCCGGUGUCAAAACGAAGAGGAGAGAAAACGUUUCUGACCUGCUAGCAGCAGCAGAAGAGCAGGCUAGCUUUUGUUGAGACGUUGGUGUCUGAGUGCCACCCGCAAGGUUGGUCGAAAUGUGUUUUUUCGAGGGUGGAAAUUGUCAGAAAUAGGUAAAUGUGUUAGAAUUUUAAGUUUUAUACCUCCUGUUUUUCUCACGUCUGCCGUUAGAGACGGGCUCAAGUCCUCCACGCCAACAUGAGACCGCAAUGGUUGCUGUUAACGGAUAUUGAACCCAUUCAUAUAACGUUAAGCUGAUAAUUUAACAGGAAAUUCAUCACUAACGAUUCGAGUCAAUUACUGGUGUCAAAUGACGCGGAUGUAAUAUUCAAUUUCAGUCGUUUUGGACUCUGGUUGCGGCGCGAUGGAUCAGUGUUCGGUGUAUUCCCAGCAUAACUGUUGACUUAGGACAAUGUAAUACCAGCUUCCCCUGAUCUGCCACAUGUUCAUUUGUAAAAAGGGAAAAGAUAUUAGUUAAGAUCCCACCUAGAAUGACCAUUUCAGCCCCCAGAUGAAACAGAAGACUUCAUCAAAAUAAGUACUGUAGUUAUUUUUUUUAUAUAAAUGUGUGUAUAAGGAUGAAUUUUAUACAUGAUUCCAAUGAAAAAUGUGUUAAUGUAAUGUUGAUUUAAUAAUGGUUGGUCUGUUUUAUAAGAUAUAUAUCAACUGUGGGUAAUCACGUGGGCCUAUCACCCAUAUCACCAUCCACUUGUUUCACACAUGUUAAACUAACACUCAUUUAAAUAUGAAUAGCCCUGCACAAAAAGGGGAUUUUAUGAUUUAAAUUUCCCUUUUUGUCAUCACUAACCUUAGGCGCGGGUGUAUAUUGUUUACUCUUUCUUAAGGAAAGGCCUCUUUGCAGGGUUUCCUUUCCACUCUUUGAAGAGGGGUGGCCCCUACUGCUGCAGAGUUGCCCCUGUGGUGAGAAUACUUUAAAUAAAGUGAAAAUCUGCGGCGCUCUUGCAACAAAGCCCAUCCCCAAAAAAAUGCAUGGUUGCACGUUAUACCGCCGCAUUCGAGUUAAAUGCGAAAAAUAAAGGAACUUGGGUCAAAUCGACCAAAUUGUCAGUCAGCAUGGUUCCCGCACCCAAAAUCACCCCUGACAUCUUCAAAAAUGUCUACAGGAAACACUGCCCUUUGUCUGCAGAACUAAUCCUGAUCCUGAAAGCAAAAGUAAACAGAGUGGAAACCUGUUUUGAUUAGAUAGGGUUUAGUUUUGGAUUGCAAGAAUUACAUCAGUUUUACCCAUCUAAGAUAUGACUUGAAUAUAAAUACGUUGCUGCACCUAGACAUAACUUUCCAUCUGUAAUCAUCUGUGUAACAGAAGGCAACAAUUAUCACUCCUCUAUUCUUUCAGUAGUUUGUGUCUGACCCUGGAACAGUUUUGGAUCCAAAGUUGAACUGAAUGUAUUUAACUUUAUCAGCUCAUCUGACAGACGUUUCUUCGAGGUUCAUGUUUCCUCGCAGUAAGGCCUUUCUGAUGGAUUUCAGCUUGUGAAUUUGAUAUCUGAGUAACCCUAAACAUAAUUAUAUUAUCCUGGAGGCUAUGCGGUCUGAUUCAUUUGAGGUUUGCUGUGUAGGUUUCCAUCUGCUCACAUUAUUUGUUUGCCUACUUUUAUUUACCUUUGUUUAUGCUGGCGAGCGUUUGACUCAAACACUCCCAAGCUGUAUACAUAAAAGCCUACUUGUGCAUUGUACUACCUGCCACAGCCGUUUAUCGCACCACCUGGUUAAUGGUAAAUUGUUCCAGAAGGAAGAUAUGUUUGCACAUAAACACGGACCCAGGGCCCCUGUGUUUACAGUAGUCAUGGCAGCACUCGCUUAUUCAACAAAUAGACCUAGCAUGUUCCUCUCUCACUUGUGGAGGAGAAUGUUUGUCUUGGAAGGUAGAGCUAUUACAGGGUAGUUCUUAACUUUUAGUGCUGCAGCUUUUUACUCUCAACACAAGUCAGGUUUCUUCAACAUUAUUAGAUUUUAAAAGAAACAAUUAGAUAUUGUUACUAAAUCUCCUUGUAAGUAAAAUGUCAAAGCAUCCAGAAAGUUGUUUUCUCUGUCACUUGGCGCUUUGUGUUUCUUUAUAUUGCUCCAGUUUAUCCAGCUGUUUUCAUUAAUACUCAUUUCCUCUCUAAGGUCAGUGAAGUCCAGAUGCAUGAGUCUGGGUCAGAACCAACAAGCCGCACCAUUCCAGCAAAUCACACAGAGAACGGGAAUAACAGUGAGAAUGAGAGUCGAGUGAGGAGCAGCCAGACUCCUCCUCCAGAGGCACCCAGGGUCAGUCAUUUCCAGCUGCAUUUAUGCAACACAUUAGCAUUAGAUUUCCACCAGAUUCAUUUAUUUUUCACAACUGAUAAGCACUUAUGAUAAUAAUAUUUGUGUAUCCCCAAAUAUAUGACAUUGUGUUCUUUCAAAUCACUGAGGAGUGUUGCACCAAAUAUUUAUCUACAGCUGUGUUGAUAGCUGAUUGGUUAAGUGAGACCUACUUCAAGCAAAAAUGACAAACAGCUCAUAACUCCAGCUUUCCAAAUGAGCAGAUUUACUCGUUUUUUUUAAUCUCUCACAGGAUACUAAUCAGGAUAUCUUUGCCUAUUUGUCCAAAAAAUUACAAUACAAUGAUGAAUAGAUAAACAAAAAGUAAUGUUCAUGUUUGUUCUGGCAUUUAAGGAAGUAGCUCUACCAAAAAAAAUGAGUUAAAAAAGGAAGAUUCUUGGAAUAUUAUAUGGAAUUAAAAACAAAUACAGCACAGAUUUGCAAAGUAAGGAUGAGUCACAAUUUUCAGACUACUGGCUCCUCGAUUGUGAGUAGUAAACUCAGUAUAUAGGUGUUUGGGAGGUUGUUUCAGUACAUCUAAAAUCUCUGAAGGGAAUAGUUUGUUUUUAUGAAGGUUUUGUUUUUGCUGCUCACGGUAGUUCUGUGACUUUCUUCCAACACUGCAUGGUUUCUGUUCAGCUUAUUUGUUCUAUUUGUUCUCAGUGGUACAAACUCUGUUUUCUUUUUAACAGCUGAUGCAUCCCCAUGUAUUUAGCUUUAGUGUGAAUCACUGCGAGUUAUGCUACACUUGAGGUUAUGUCCAGCUGGUGUGGUAACCCGACAGCAUAUCUGUUUUUUUAGUAUUCAUGCACAUUGCAGGUAGAGGAAAACAUUGAACGCGCCGCCUCAUGAGAAUGUGAAGGUUUUUAUGUGUAAAGGUAUAUCCAUGAAGCUUUCACUUUGACUAUCUCAGUGCCUCCAAACUGCAGUGUUUUAUAUUUAUGCUGAGGGGGAGCACAGGGAUGGGGGAGGUUUGUACUGAGGUUUAGAAGGGGAGGGAGAGCACAGCUCCAGCUGGGCGGAGGGAUCAGUGUUAUAUUGUUAGUUUUGUUUAUGCUCACAUCAUGUAGGUUAGUGAGGCUCAGUUAGACUGUCAGGCGGAACCUCACUGCUGGGCUUCAUUUGUUUUUUCAGCAGCCGCACAGACUUUCAAUGGAGGCUAUCAGGUUUGUCCAAAUCUAUCUGUAUUUGUUUGAAGUAAUAACAAUGGCAGGGUAUUUUUAAUGAGAUUUUUAUGUUUUGUGGAGUUUCAAUGUGUGCGUGUCUAUGAAAGUGAAGUCACUCUCUUGUGGCUAUGUAAAGUUGUGUUUUUGGAUCCCAUCUUAUUAAAUCUUCAAUUCAGUUCAUUACCAAAUAUUUUUGUUUUCGCAGAUGUGAGUUUUCUCGUACCACACCCCUUUUAGAAAUAAAUCUCAUAAAGGAAAACACAUAGUGUUUGUUUUUCUGCAAAGUUUUCAGCGUUCCUACUCGCUGUCAGUCAUCUCAAAGUUCACAAGACCAGUCUUGCGGGAACAGAUCUGUGUUUACACUCAGUUUCUCACUGGUAUGACUUUCAACAAUAACAACAACAGAAGAUGUUUGGACUUGCUGGCUGCCAUGGCAACAGGGAUUAGUCAAAGGCUGUUGUUGUGUUGAUGGUGUCCACAGAAAAAUAGAGGGGCCAACUGGCUCUGUUAGUGGGAUAGACCUGUUUUCAUUGCUUUGGUGGCCACCUCUGCAGCAUUGAAUUUCAUAAGAAAGGACAAACUAGGAGGCAGUCGUCUGUUAUUGUUAGCCCAAAGCCUGUGUGAAAUUCACUGUCGGUUUGUUUACCCGAUUCAAAACAGACUCUGCCUUGGAGAGAAAUGUUUGUUUGUGGUUCAGACCUUAAUUAAAAUACGAAUCUCAAGUUCUGUUUUCAUAAACAGGCUCUGUAUGCUUUUUUUUAUUCAUUAUUUAUUUCUCUCUGCAAUUUUGAUUACUCUGUUUAUGUUUACUGUAAACAUCCCCUGAGCUGUGGGGCUUGACAGUGAGGGGGGGUUGGUGCAGUAAUUGCUGCAUGCCUAGCCGAGGUUGUUGUUGUUGUUGUUGUUUUUGUUUUUCUGGCACAGGUUGUUGUUGUUUUGAUGGAGUUCUAAGUCCCCUAAGACAUCCGAUGGAGUUGUUUUUGUUUGGUACAUUUAUAGCUGCAGCGGCAGUGGAGCCAAGUUCAGCUUGUUAGAUUGACCAGCGGACUGAGAAUGAUAAAUAAGCAGAAGUGCAAGUAGCGAGGAUUUAUUUUCUUGAAACUUGAGCGAGAGGCUUUUGAGUUGUGCUGCAGUGAUCUGGCUGUAUUUUAAAAAAGAUAAUAAUCAUAAUAGCUUUUUUAAUGGCACACUUUAUAUCAGAGUUAACAAAAUGCUUAAAUAAAUGAGAGUAUAUAAUUAAAGAGUCUCUAAUAAUUAAAAAAAAAGUAGAAAAAAGUAAUAAAGUGAGAAAAUCUGCAGGAAUUUAAAUUUGAUAGUGAUCAUGAUUUAAGAAUAAGAAUAACUUUGUUUCAUCCCAGAAAGGAAAUUUAAUCAUCUUUUAGUCCCACUUGUCAUGUCUCAAAAAGUCAUCUACUAUUUAUGGAAGAUUUAUAGAAUUUUGUCCUUUCUUCAUGAUUGACCACAGAUAUUAACGAUAUUUAUCAGUAGUUCAUUUUAUAAAGUCACCCACUUACGAUAUAUCAUAUUGCCAAGACAUUUUAGUCCUAGGCAAACUAGGCAGGCACAAAAAAAAUACGCAAAAAAGCAAAAGAACCAGAUGGUGUGUGUUAGUGAAGCAGAGGGACAGAGUGAGCACAGACAGUUAUCAUCAUUAUUAUUAAUGUUGUUGAUGUUUUUAUUAUUUUGAUAGUGAUCAUGAUUUAAGCAUAAGAAUAACUUUAUUUCAUCCCUGAAAGGAAAUUCAAUUAUCUUAAGUCUCACUUGUCAUGUCUCAAAAAAUCAUCUACUAUUUAUGGAAGAUUUGUAGAAUUUCAGCCUUUUUAUAUGAUUGACCAAAGAUAUUGACGAUAGUUAUCAGUAGUUUAUUUUAUAAAGUCACCCACUUGCAUUAUAUCAUAUUGCCAAGACGUUGUUUGUGAUUUAGCCCGUGUUAAAGAUCCAAAACUUGGCAGGCACAAAAAAAAAUACACAAAAAAGCAAAAGCACCAGAUGGUGUGUGUUAGUGAAGCAGAGGGACAGAGUGAGCACAGACAGUUAUCAUUAUUAUUAUCACUAUUUUUAUUAUUAUUGUUGUUAUUUUUAUAAAUGAGUAAUCAAAAUCAAUAAUUAAUUAUGCUUUGUAAUUGUGAUUUCAAUAUUAAUCAAAAUAAUCAUGAUUGUCAUAAACCUUCCUGUGAUUGGCUGACAGCAUCAAGUCGGCAAAUACCCUAUAAAUAAAAUAAAUUAAAAAAAACACUGUUACACAUUUUCCAGAUUUGACCAGAUUUUGAGCUGCCAGUAUUAAAAGCUUUCUUCUUUCGCUCACCAUAUGUCAAACUAGUUUCUGGUUUUUAUGGUCAAAGCAAAUGGAUUGUGUAAACAAGUGUCAGAUUAAUCAAUACUGAAAAUAAUCUUUAACAUGCCGCUGUACAUCGGACGAGGUUAGACAUUACAGGGUUGUGUAUAUCAGGAUCCAUAACAAGUCUCUGACCACGUACAGGAGUCUAAAGUACACUAAGUACAUCUACAUGAACGCAAUUACAGCAGAAAAUAGGCAGAAAUUAGAUAAUGUGUUGACAUGCACUGAUAUAACCCGAUUAGUUGACAUAUUUUGAACAGCAUGAAUUGCUGCGAUUGUUUUUUUCUGUUUCAUAAAUCUUCCCCUGGUUUUUUUUCACCAUUUUUAUGCCUCCAAAAUAAAGUGAUUCGAUUGAGAACGCCAUACUUUAGUGAAGAAUAAAACAAGGCUGGCUUGUAUUAGGAGUGUAAAAUUUGACACUGCGUCCUGAAAAGUUUUUUUCUCCACCUUUAGACGUUGCAGUCGAGUGGGAGAACAGACUCUGUAGUGAGAGAGUGCAUGAUUUCUUUCUAUUUGUGUGAAAAUGUCACAAAUAACCGACGGUGCAGCUGCGGUAACGCAUUUAGGCCUGUUUAUUUCAGUUUCAAUUUUAAUUUCUCAUUCGCUUAAAUAUUUUGGAUACAGAGGUUCUGUGUUUCAUGUUUUUUUUUUUCCUUCUACCUCGGCGCUUCAAAGCAAAGCGUUCCUUCAGAGGCCUUUGUCUUGCAAAUGUGCUCUUUAAAAAGUCAAUGUCAGAAACUCCUGUUAAACAUAAACAUCUUUAGCCAAAGCCAGGUUACUCCAGCUGAAAGGCCCUAUCUUUUAAUCCUUCAGCCUGAUAAAAGGUAAAAAGAUAAGGCUUCUUAUUUACAUGUAAAUAAUAAACAAACUGAUUGUCUGCACUUGAAAGAAGUCUGUGUAGAUAAAAUAAAAGCUUAGAGCCGACCUAGCUGGUAUUUUUAGAUUUUCCUCUGUCUUAGUUUUCCUUCUGUCUUAAACCUUUUCUCUUGUCUUUUAAAAAUCGUCUUCAAUGCAGGUUCCAGUGUCGUUGUCCAUGAUGACCCCACCAGCAGAGGCUCCACAACAACAACUACAGCGAACCCCACAGCAGCAGAUCCUCAGUCCACAGCAGCUCCAAGCCCUGCUCCAGCAGCAGAAAGCACUCAUGUUACACCAGGUAAUGUAUUUUUAGCGUAGCGGCAUCGCCGACCACAAGGUUUUAAUUGUCCUAACCCCGAGUUUCAUAUCACAUUUUUUCGCAGCAACAGAUACAAGAGGUCUUCAAGAACCAGCAAGAGCAGCUAAAUAUGCAGCUGCUGCAGCAGAAGAAUGCUGGGAUUGUUAGUCAAGAGGUAACUUUUGCAUUAAACUUUUACCCAGCGAGUACAUCCUGUUGCUUUUACCACAUCGCCCUGAAAAUCUCCUCCAAAAUGCAAAUUUGUCUUUUGUUCUCUGAUGAUGACAGCUCUUUUGUCAAAGUGUGUAAGUCACACGAAAUAUAGCGCUUGAGGGUGACGCUGUAACAUUAACAGCCUUGGGUAACACAUGAGGUGUUUUUAGCUGUGGAAGAUACUAAUUUGUAAACAACUCCAGUUAGUUAGGAGGCUAUUGGGUUCAGUUUUUUUCUCUUUAAGUGCCUCAAGUCAACCUAUUGAUACUUCUCCGUCUUCAGGUUACUCAACCCGGUCUCCUGGGCGAAAUUGCAUGAGUAAAAAAAGGUCAUAAUGCGGGGCAGUUAAGUCACAAAUAAGUUGUUUACAAGUAUUUAUGCCUGACAGCAUGACAUCAGUAAUCCUGGCUAUCCCUGUGUGUUCAAAACACAACAGGCAGUUGGCUAAACUCUGAAAAGGAGCAGAGGUUGGUGUUUAAAAGUUUUAGUUUUCCUGUGUCCAAUUAGGUAGAAGCAAAAUGAGGAUUUGUUUCUGUGUUUGGAAGUGCGACCAAAACGGAGAAACAUUGGUGGGUUUUUGUUUCUUCUCAUGAUAUUAGACCAGCAGAGACGAUUAUAGCAGGAAUAAGCAACAUCAGACUCAAUCACAGCUGAAGUUGAUGGUUUUUCUUCUUUAAAUAGAGAUUUUUUUUUAUUAUAAAGACUUUUUCUGUGUCCCAGAAAGUGUUUGUGUUUGGAAGUGCAACCAAAACAGAGAAAAAUUGGUGUGUUUUUGUUCCUGCUCACGGUAUAAGACCAGCAGAGACUACAUCAGACUCAAUCACAGCAGAAGUCGAUGAAUUUUCUUCUUUAAAUAGAGAUUUUUUUUAUUAUAAAGACUUAUUCUGUGUCCCAGAAAGUGUUUCUGUGUUUGGAAGUGCAACCAAAACAGAGAAAAAAUGGUGGGUUUUUGUUUCUGCUCACGGUAUAAGACCAGCAGAGACUAUUAUAGCAGGAAUGAGCAACAUCAGACUCAAUCACAGCUGAACUCGAUGAUUUUUCUUCUUUAAAUAGAGAUUUUUUUUAUUAUAAAGACUUAUUCUGUGUCCCAGAAAGUGUAAAAUCUAGUGUGAUCUAUAUCGGUCCUAAUCAAAAACUUCAUUUAAGAUUUCUCAUCUUGAUCAAACUGUGACCCUAACCUCAAACGAAAAACCUCUUCAGUUUAAAAGCAAAAAAAAAAAAAUAAAAAAAUGACUCUCAGACACUGUGUUAUCUUUCCGUCACAGCUGACAGCCCAGCAGAUAGCUAUCCAGCAGCAGCUCCUUCAGGUGCAGCAGCAACACCUCCUCAACCUGCAGAGACAGGGCCUGCUGUCUGUCCUUCCCACCAGUCCGGCGACAGCCCCAGGUAUGCUGCUUUACACACUUUACUGCAUUGCUGUUUGACGAUUGUAAAACAAAUAUUUUUAGGUUCACAAGUAUGUUUUUUUUCUUCUUCGGCUUGAAGUAAACACUGUGGCGAGAUGUCAAGACUUAAAUAUAUCAUACUUAUUUGUGCAGAUGGGUGUAGGCUAAAUAAAAUGACCACACAACGAAAUAAAACCUUCAAGUGACCGUGCAUCAAAUGAAGACCAGUUAAAUACAUACAUCUUUUGAUCUUAGGCUAAUGAGGUUGACACAACAAAGCGACUCACAGUUUAUUUAUUGUGUGUACGUGUGUUUGCAGGCUGCGAGAAUGGCAGCGUUUCGUCCGCCGGCAUCGACACCCGAGAGUCUUCCGGUCAUCUUUCAACCCUCAACGGUCAUCACAACCUCCUGAAGAGAAGAGAAAGGUGCUUGGAGCGAUUCAUACUCCUUCAUUUUUAAUGCACGCUGCUUUUGCCACUGUGAAAAAGCUGACGCAGAGAUCUUUCAUUAAUGGGUUACUAUAUGAAACCUGUUGCAGCGGCUCUCCGGAUGAAGGCUCACAGAAUAGCCAUCCUCUGUAUGGAAACGGUAUGUGUAAGUGGCCCGGCUGCGAGACGGUCUUCGGAGACUUUCAGGCAUUUCUCAAGUGAGUGGCGAAUCUUCGCAUACCUCUACAGCUGGUGUGAUGUUUAGUGUGUUCGGUUAUGAUAUGCACAAGCCUGAUGUUUUAUCUUUGAUGGCUAUUUUUACCCUAAAAUUUAUGAGGUUUAUUGUGCUGCACAUGGUUUCCUUGGAGCGUUUCAUGAUCUUGAAUGUGUUUCUCUGCAGACAUUUGAACAGUGAACACAUACUGGAUGACAAGAGCACAGCGCAGUGUCGUGUGCAGAUGCAAGUGGUUCAGCAGCUGGAACUGCAGGUACUACAGGUUGAUUAUUUACUUGUAACCAAGUUUUUGUUCAUUUUUAGAAUCAGUAAAGAGACAAAAGAGGUUUAACUUGGUAGUUUUAACCUCACAGCAGUUUAUUGAAAAGGGGGAAGAGCUGUCUGAUAACUUCAGUGACGUCUUUUUUUAAUGUGAGCAGCGAUGAUGUGUUUUCACACCAGACCCAAAAACAGAAGUGAUGUCUUCAGAGAUAAUUACACUUUUCAGGAUGCCAGAAAAGCAGCAUUUCUAACACCAAAUGUCAUUUCAUCAUGUAACGCAAGCUGUGAAUUCACCCAACUCUCGACUUCUAUUUCUGUCGCCUCCGUCUAACACAGCUGAAGAAGGAUAAAGAGCGACUCCAGGCUAUGAUGGCUCAUCUUAAGUCCUCUGAACCCAAACCCGCAGCUCAGCCUGUAAGUACCUGCUUUAGCUGUUUCCUUCAAUUAAAGUAAAUAUUGUUUUCGCAGGUAGCUACACCGAUCAUUUCCUGACUUAAGAGCUUUGUUGUUGUUGUUGAUUUUUUUUUUCAGGUGAAUCUGGUGUCUAAUGUAUCCUUCUCCCAGGCAACAUUGCCCAAAGGCACCCCUCCUAUGAGCCUCUCUCAGAGUGCCACGGCGCCAUCCACACCCUUGACGCCGCUCUCUGAAUCCCCUUCAGUCCUCACUCCCAAUAGCAUGUUCACUGGAACCCCCGUACGGAGGCGGUACAGCCGCUCUGUGAGCCAAGGUAACGGUGAGAUCAUGAUCUUACUUUCAAGCUUGGAGAUAAACAAACAGCAAAUACGACAGACGAAAUAAAAAGCGACUUCAUUUUUCUAAAUAUGUUUUUUUGUGUGCGUGUGUGUCUGUCCAUAGACAUAGUUGAUAACAAGGAGUUUUAUUUGAGCACAGAAGUUCGACCUCCAUUUACUUAUGCCUCUCUCAUAAGACAGGUAAAGCAUAUAAUUAAUUAAAAAAAACAUAAAAAAUAAAGCAGAGUUUGUUUCUUUUUUUUAAUUAAUGUGCCUCUUGUUUUUUUUUUUCAGGCAAUAUUCGAAUCACCACGCAAACAGCUGACUUUAAACGAAAUCUACAACUGGUUCACGAGAAACUUCGCAUAUUUCAGGCGCAACGCAGCUACCUGGAAGGUAUGCGCUCUCCUAUUUGUUUUUUAGUUACUGAUUUCUUGAAAGCAAAGUCAACAGAAACUUUACAUACAAAUUGAAAACCCGGUGCUUUAAAGUCCUAACUGUGUUUCUUUUAUUUCCCAGAAUGCGGUCAGGCAUAAUCUCAGCCUCCAUAAAUGCUUCGUACGUUUGGAGAACGUAAAGGGAGCCGUGUGGACGGUAGACGAGAUCGAGUUUCACAGAAGACGGCCCCAGAAGACAGCCGGCAACGGGUAAAAGUUGACCUUAUACUCAGAGGCAGACUCCUGUGUGUCUUCACAUAUCAGCAGACAUCAGAGGAAGUCUGGCAUUUUUGACCUUUUAGCUCCACCUGAUAAGUAAACACAAUGUUUACUAUAAGCAAGUAAGGAGCUCCCAAGGAUGAGUCUCUCUGUGUUUAUGUGCCGUGUUGACUCGAGCAAACAGACACGAUCGGGGAAAAAUAUGAAGCAUGAUUUUCUUCCCCCCUGAAAAAAUGUGCCAGCUUGCAGGCUGAACCUUGAAAUAUCACACAACUUUAAAUCACUUGGAAACACUGCUGUAGCCUGCGGUCAAAAGUGCCUUAUCAUUGUUUCUUAUUUCUUUGUCAUGUCCCACCACAAUGACUCAGACGCUCGAAUUGUGUGUGUUUUAUUAAACAAACAGACCAAGAGGUGCAGUGUUUAUGUUGGCAGCUCCUUGUACGAUGAUUUAGGCAUCUGGUUGUUUGCUAAGCCCCACCCCUCUUUGUUACUGUUACUAUGCUCGCCAUGUUUCCCGUCCUGGGCACAAUGAUAAACGUGGCAGACUCACUUCUGGAAAUAUUGACUGAUUUUUUUUUAAAGAAAAGAGCUCAGAUUUCAGGGAGAAGAAGCCAAGAGCAGACAAAAAAGAGUGGUGUUUUUUUUCAGCACGAAUCAAAGUGUCACAUUUUUACAACUAAAAAACUAAUUAAAAUCCUUGAAGAGGACUGUUUUCAUCCAAGAAAUGAAGCUAACACACGCUUCUGUUGCAGUGUUGUAGAGUGCGUCUUGUAGAUUUGCGUGUAUGUGCAUGUCGAGUCUACAAGGCGGCCUGUUAAUCAGCUGAUGAUCCAUGAAAACAAAGUAAAAGCAUUCUUAAGUGUGGAGCUUAUUUCAGGUCUUGAUUCUUAAUCAGUUUUUGUCUUCUCUCUUCAUAGAUCUCUCCUGAAGAACUCACAGAACCGUCAGAGCUUAGCAGGAUCUCUUUCCCAUGUAAGACACGUCUGAUAUUUAAACCUUAUUUGUCUGUUUUUGCAGAUUGAAAUGAUCAUGUAGACACAUUGAUGCAGACCACACUCACAUAUUCUGGUCCUGCCCAAAAUCAAAUGAGUACUUGGAAGAAAUUUGGAAAAGUCUGCAAAAAAUAAUAGGCUAUCAGAUAUCCAAAACAUUUGAAUCAUUGGAUUUGGGAAAAUUAUCAAAUGAUAUAAUACAAAGAAAAGAUGAGUACCUGGUUAAAAUAUUAUCUGCAAGUAAAAAAGAUAAUCACCAGAUUGUGGUAUGGGGUGCAAUGGGUGUGCACUGUCGAAGAGAUAUGUGUCAUGGAGAAACUCACACACAGACUAAGAUCACAGGAAACACAAUUUACAGAAAAGACUUAAAAACAAAUAAGAAAUAAUUUUACAAAAAAAAAAAAAAAAAAAAAGAAAUGGCCAAUGAAGCCAAAAAAAAGAAAAAGAAAUGGUGCAUCUGCAAUAAAAGUGUUGCUGCAUUGUACAGACAGAGCUGAGAGGUGCUCCUCAGAUGCAUAUCGCGUUAUCAGAUAUUCAUGGCUGAUGCGUCUCUUCUGUUUUGGAUGGUGUAUAAUGAGAAAAUUAAUUUUUUUGCAGAGUGGCGGUCUAGACGGUAGCAGCUGUCUGUACAGCCCGACCUCCAUGGGCAGCAUCCCGCUGCACUCCCUGCCCCAUGUUCUGCAGGAGCAGAUGAACGGAGCUCUUGCUAAUGGAUCUGGAUACCAAAGUGAUAGCAGUGCAACACAGUCCCCUCCACAAGCUUUGUAAGAAUCUCUUUUGCUUCAAUACCUUUGUUUUAUGGUAAUUAUGCGAUCACAAAUCCUGAUAUGCUUUUUAUUUCUGCGUUUGUAGCAUCAAAGAGGAGCAGGAGGACGAGGAGAUAUGUGAGAAUUAUCCCUACGAGUCUCCAGAGAGCACAGACGAGCACGGCCACAGCCCGGACAUGAACCGAGAUGAAGACAUCAGCAGCCCGCAGAGGCCCAGCCUUCAUUUCGACCGCGUGCCUUCUCUCUGACUGUGAGGUCCGAGUUGUCCAACCGCAAGGCCGCUUCACUCACAUUCUGUGUGACUUUGUAUUCCAAAAAGAAAAAAAAACAAACAGCUUCAUCUACGUAACCAAACACUCUCUACUUGGGGAUUUUAAUAUUUUUUUUUCACUGUAUUUAUCAGCAUUUCUGUUUUUUUGUUCUUUAAUCUAGCUCUGAAUUCUUCCUGUACAGUAGAGUGAAAUCACAGAAACACAUUUGUGAAACUGUUUGUUGAUGAUUUUUUUUUCUCUCUCUCUUUAUUUUAUAUAUCUGUACACACACAAAAAAAAGGACCACGAUGAGCAGAGAAGCCAAAGGAAAGGGAACACUGAUAGUUAGCACUUCAUAAUGAAACGUUUCCACCCACUUUGUAGCUACUUUUUGCUAUAUUGGGGCCACAUUAGCUAAUUUUAUUUUUUAGUAGGCAAAAUGUAAAAAAAAAAAACAUGUAGAUGAAGAAAAAGAUUAUUGCUUUAAAAAAAUGAAAUGUUCACUGCCAACAUGAUCUGAUAUAUUUGUAUUUAAGGUAUAAUCAUUUGAUCAGAAGUAGUUUCUUUAUACCUGUCGGUCUUUUUCACCCCUUACAUGAACAUUGCUGAUAUCGCUCGAAAUGAGCCUGUAAGAGUAGAUAAUAUAGAUUUACCAUUAUGUAAACCAAUGCAUCUCUAUAAAAAAUAAAUCCUCAUGAUAAAUGUGGAUA